AUAAUUACACUCACUGCCACUCUCCCCGUCCUCGCUUUCUCUCUCCUCUUCGCUCCCAAUUUCAAUCUCUCUCUUCUCGAUCUUCAAAAUGUUUCUCUCUCCCUUAGGUUUUUUCUCAGCACCUGCAAUGGCUAGGUUUUGAGCUCCGUUCCUCGAGAAAGGCGGUUUCUUUGAGAGAGCUCGUCUCCUCGAGUUGAGGAGUCCCCCUUUUUCGUCUCCUUUUUCGCCUUUUCUACUUCUGUUCAAGCGGGAAAGUGGUGGAAUGCGUUGACGAUUAGGGGUUUCAGCUCGUGAAGCUCGAUUUGGCCUCUGGUUUUUCCAAUUUAGGAGAGUAGUUGAAGCGUGUGGAGAAUAAUUUAUUCGAUUAAGAUAUGGUUUUCGCUGUUGUCGUCUCCGCUUGGGGGGAAGUACAUUAGAAGCUAAGUUACGUUUUGGUCUCUUGAUCUGGAAGUUUGUCGAAUUUGAGCGAUGAAUCGGAGUUUUAGGGCACAGGAGUCUCCAAUGUUUGACUCGGUGGAGAGGCAAAGGCAACAACUUAGGGCUUCUAUGAUGGCGGAGAAGGAAGAAGAGCUCGCUUUGUUCCUCGAGAUGAGACGGCGAGAGAAAGAGCAGGACAAUCUCCUCCUCAACAACCCGGAAGAGUUCGAAACUCCAUUAGGUUCCAAGCCUGGUACGUCACCGGUGUUCAACAUUUCAAUGGCUAAGCCUGCGCGUAAGAUGGCUGCACCAGAUGAUUUUCUCAAUUCGGAGGGCGAUAAAAAUGACUAUGAAUGGCUUCUGACUCCGCCAGGUACUCCACUUUUUCCUUCUUUGGAAAUGGAAUCACAGAAGGCCAUGUUGAGUCAGAGCGGUGAUUCUAAGGCUCGCUCGAAUUCUUUGAAUUCUAGGUUGGCAAAUUCUUCGACGGAGCCUGCUGUGAGGAACAACUUGGCAUCUAGACAACCAACUUCUUCUCCUGGUUUGAGCUCUUCUAGUCGGAGGCCUUCCUCAUCCGGGGGACCUGGAUCGAGACCUGCAACCCCCACAGGAAGGCCCACUUUGACAACAAAUUCGAGAUCAUCAAGGCCUUCAACCCCCACUUCCCGAGCCACAUUGCCAUCCACUACAAGGCCCUCCUUGAAUAAUUCCAGGUCCACAGUCUCAGCGACUAAAACCGCAUCUGCAAGUAGUAGGGCAACAGGUUCUGCCUCUAAACCCACGGGUCUGGCAGCAAGGUCCACAACCACUACCUCAAAGCCUGCAGGUCCAUCGAGGUCCACUACACCUCUGUCGAGGUCUACUGCCAGAUCUUCCACACCAACUUCAAGGCUGACUAUACCUCCUCCUAAGACUAUAUCAAGGUCAGCUACACCAACUCGACGUCCAAUUACUUCUACAACUGCACCUUCAACAAAGCCAGCAAUUUCCCAAGUCAAGCCUUCUUCUCCAGUGGUGAAGGCAAUGCCGACACCAUCUAAAAAUCCGGCUUUAUCUCGUGGAACUUCACCAACAGCAAGGAGCAGGCCAUGGAAGCCAUCAGACAUGCCUGGAUUCUCGCUGGAAACUCCACCGAAUUUAAGGACAACAUUACCCGAUAGGCCUCUUUCAGCAACAAGAGGCAGGCCAGGAGCACCGAAUCCUCGUUCUGCUUCCGUUGAGCCGGGUCCUACAGUAAGACCAAGGCGGCAAUCUUGCUCGCCUUCAAGAGGAAGAGCCCCCAUGCAUCCGAGCGGGAGCUCUGUUCCUGCAGUUAAUCGUGGGUAUUCAAAGGUCAAUGACAAUGUCAGUCCCGUCCUGAUCGGGGCAAAGAUGGUGGAUCGUGUAAUAAACAUGCGGAAACUGGCACCGCCCAGAUCAGACAACAAUAGCUCUCCUCACAGCAACUUGUCUGCCAAAUCUUCAUCACCCGACAGUUCGGGAUUCGGAAGAACGCUGUCGAAGAAAUCCCUUGACAUGGCAAUAAGGCAUAUGGAUAUACGUAGAAGCAUACCGGGUAACUUGAGACCGCUGAUGACGAACAUUCCAGCAUCAUCAAUGUACAGCGUGAGAUCAGGACAUGGACAUGGACGUAACCGAACAGCUAGUGUUUCGGAUUCGCCGCUAGCUACAAGCAGCAACGCCAGUUCGGAAAUAAGUGUCAACAACAACGGACUUUGCUUAGAAGUGAGCGAACGAGAAGACGACGUGGCGAGCGAGAGAGGAUGCAGGUCGCCUGCAAGCUUACAGGGCAGGUGAUAUUUUAUGUUAUGAUGUGAUAUUAUAUGGUAUGAUUUCGGACAUGGCCUUAGCUUCCGACCAUAUCUGUAUUCUCCUUGUCUGUGUUACUGAACUCUUACCCCAUAAGUCUCCAUUACCGUGAUUUUGGGGGUGACUGAUAUGGGCCAUUAACUGAUUGAAUUAGGAGCUUAGUACUUAGUAGUAGUAUUGACUCUUUUGGUAUAUUUCCUACAUUUUAGAUUCACCAUUUGGUUAAAAUAUUUGUGUUUGGUUUCGAUCGUAUAUUAUUCCUCGGUUUCCCCUGA